GAUGCCAGUUAAGGUAAUGCUACGUUGGUGUUGUUUCACUAACUGAUACGUCACCAUAUCUAUCAUCGUAGCGAGUUACCUGUUUACGACACCUUAAUUGUGUAAGGUAUACCUUAUGCAGCGCGCUUACGGAUUACACAUUUUUAUGCAAUUUAAAUUGAUUGAGCAUAUCAAUGAAUGAUGGCCGAGCAACAGAAGAAAAAACGAAGGGCUAAUUUUUCUAUAGAGGAACUUAAUGUUUUGACAGAAGAAGUAAGUUGUAAUAAACGUAUUCUAUUUGAAAAAUUCAGUGAUACGGUAACAAAUGAGAAGAAAGGAAAAUGCUGGCGCGAAAUUGUUGUAAAAGUGAACGCUGUCUCGUGUACUGAAAGAACUAUGGAUGAAAUAAGGAAGAAAUGGUCAGAUUGGUCAUCUUCAGUGAAGGUGAAGGCAUCAAAAUUUAAAACUGCUUGUAACAAGACAGGUGGCGGCAAGCUCGAGUCCCCAAAACUGACUGAAUUAGAGGAAAAGGUUAUUUCAAUCAUCGGACCGACUGCUGUUGAUGGAAUUGUGGGCGGCGUCGAUACCGUACGUUCUAUCUCGCCUCCAAUAAUCCAAGUACCAGAUGAGCCUGAAACAUCGCAAACGCCUAAUCUGAAUUGCUAUGUGACUUUAGACAUAGAAUAUGUUCCUGCGCAGACGGCUAACCCAGAGACAGUACCGUUUAAGAAGAGAAAAAUAGCAAGUACAACGCCGUGUGAAGACAACGGUGAGAAAGAGAUUAUUAAAAUAGAACAACAGAAGCUGGAACUCAAGCGCGAGAGGCUUCAAAUUGAGCAGUUUCGUCUAAGCAUAGAGCAGAGGAGAUUGGAAGUAGAAGAGAAGAUUUUAAAAAUUCUGGAAGGGCAUGUGCGCACGAAUACACCAAAUGAUUCCACAGCUUUUCCAUAUUUCAGUCUUUGAAGGUAUACCUUUGUUGGACUAUAUUUUUCACAGUUCACACGUGUGAAGAAUGUCAUCGUAUUUUUACACAUUUUCUAUAUAUGUGAAUAAUAGAAUCACAUUUUUCGCACAGCAAUUCUUCACAAACAUGUGAAGAACAUGAUUUUUAGUGUACAAUAAGAUGGUCGACUAAUAACUGUUAUUAUUCUAAGC